AUGAUGCCGCAGGCGAGCCACCCCCUGGUGCACCCGGACCCGGCUCCGGUGGUGGAGCCGCCGGCACCGGCUGCGUUGCAGGUGCAGGGGCCGGCUCCGGCUCCGGCGGCGCCGCCCGCGCAGGGGCAGGGGAACGCGAACGCGCCGCCCGGGGUGCUGAUGCGGAGCUUGCCGGGGGCGCCGGGGACGCGGACCGGGCUCGGGCUCCGCCUCGCGCAGGCCGCCCUCGCGGCCGCCGCGCUCGGCGCCAUGGUCUCCACCGGCGACGACUACCGCUCCGUCACCGGGUUCCGCUACUUCGUGCCAGCAGUAGCUUUGCAAUGCAUGUGGAGCCUUGCUAUGGCCACUGUGGAUGUCUAUGCGAUUCUUGUCGGACGUUCCUUCCGAACUCCCCGAGUUGUCAGCAUACUUAGCGCUGGUGACUGGAUCACAGGAGCACUGACCUUCAGUGCUGCAUCUGCAGCGGCGGGCAUCACCGUUCUCAUCAACGCUGACCUGGAUUUUUGCGAUGACAAUCACUGCCCAAAUUUCAUGUCUGCUACGGCCAUGGCUUUCCUGAGCUCGUUUGUGAUUGCACCCUGCUGCAUCCUGAACCUCGGCCAGAUGAUCUACAAAUUACAAAGACCAUAGUCUAAGAACAAGAAUCAAGGUCUGUUUGUGCACCAGAUACUCUUUCAUGAUCAACUGGGACACGGCAUGGUGCAGCUAAUUACACUAGGAUCAGGAACCAACUGAUGGAUGCUUGUUGAAUAAUGUAUGUUAUCGAAUCUUCUGUAGAAAUCAGAGAGUAGCUCGUAUGUUAUCAAACUUGCUUUAGAAAUUAGGGAGUAGCUUCAUUUUCAGAAAGGGUGGCUGUGAAGCUCUGCAUUUUUUUCGUAUGGAGCGUAUGCCUUCUUAUAUAUGUGAGGGUGGACUAGUGGUUAUUAUCUGGGAAUGAGCUGACGGGUGUGUAGACCUCAAGUUUACUCCUAUGCUAUAUAUGUGUUCUAAUGUUGAUAUCCGAAC